CGUAUAGUUGGUGCCUUAAAAACGUAUCGGUGGUGUAGACAGUGACAAUAACGUAGUUUAAUAUCGUGUUUAGUUUGUAUUACUUGUGGUCAAAGAGUGUUGAAAAUUAUGAAUUAACUUUUUUUAUGUUUUUGGCAAAAUUCAAUAUAUAUCUUUUUCGUAUUUUUCACGUAAUAUAAAAGUAUAAAUAUAUUUUUCGUAAAUUUUCCGUAUAUUUUGGCAAAUAUUUUUUUCCUGUGUUUUCGUCUCUAUAAAGUUAUCCUUAUUGUCUUAAGGAUUAUAUUACAUAAGACUUAAAUACGUUAAUCCUAUUAUUGUUCCUUGAAGAAAAAAAAGGAGUGACUAUGUAGCGAAAAAAUAUCUGUGUUGUGAUUGUGUUGUCUGUUAAGAUCGAUAAUAAUCUAGCGAAAAUAAUAAUACUUGCUUUGGCAGGACAAUAAUACAGAAACAACUUCAAUAAAAUACCUGUAAUACGUAUAGACAGUAACAAUGAACUUUUUAUCUAUGUUGUUGUGAAAUUAAUUACAAUUUAGACAUUCUUUUUUAUUAAAAUCAAUAAUUACAAUUUAAUUUAAAAACUUUAAAUAUAUGCUACAAAAAGUUGGAUUUAGUUUUAAUGCCAUUGCCAUGUUAGUGACUUUAAUUUAAAAACAAAUAAGGCGGGAAUUGGACGACAAAAUGGACGUGAAUUGGAGUUUUCCCCUCCACACGGGACUCCGGUCUCCGAAUCUGACGAACUCCACAGUCAAUCUUCAACAGAACUUCGAAAUAGACUUAGAAGACACGAAUUGGAUAUUAACUUCUUCGUUCAUCAUCUUUACUAUGCAAACUGGUUUCGGCAUGUUGGAGUCUGGUUGUGUCUCCGUAAAGAAUGAAGCAAACAUUAUGAUGAAGAAUCUGGCGGAUAUUUCUCUUGGUGGCCUCACUUACUGGAUCUUCGGUUACGGCAUGUCUUUCGGUCAGGGCCCCCUGACCAACUCGUUCGUGGGCACGGGGGACUUCCUUGUGGACCCGCCAGUGGGGGACGCCCUAAUGGGCCCUGUGUUCGCGUCUUUCCUGUUCCAGCUGUCCUUUGCCACUACUGCUACUACCAUCGUUAGCGGCGCUAUGGCUGAGAGGACCAACUUUAAAGCAUACUGUCUUUUCUCGUUCCUCAACACCAUAGUGUAUUGUGUGCCAGCGGGGUGGGUGUGGGGGGAGCAUGGGUUCCUCAAUAAACUGGGGGCGGUAGACAUCGCUGGAUCCGGCCCUGUGCACCUUAUUGAAGAAGAAGAUGACAAAGCACUAAAAGAUUAUGAACAAACAGGAGGAGCGUCAGCCUUCGCAUCAGCCCUCAUGCUGGGCCCACGGCUGGGGCGCUAUGCCCACGGCACUGGUCCACUACCGCUGGGCAAUCCAGUCAAUGCCGUCAUGGGGACCUUCGUGCUCUGGUGGGGGUGGCUGGCCUUCAACUCUGGAAGCACUUAUGGGGUCAGUGGAGCUAAAUGGCAGUACGCGGCCCGGGCGGCCGUGAUGACGAUGAUGGGGUCCUUCGGUGGCGGCUGCUUCGGACUGAUCUUCACGCUCAUCAAGAAUAAAGGGCGGGCAGACGUCAUGGAGCUCAUCAACAGCAUUCUAGGAGCGCUUGUGUCUAUCACUGCUGGUUGUUUCCUCUACCGAGCUUGGGAAGCGCUGGUCAUAGGACUGAUCGGAGCUGGGAUAGCGUCGGUGACUUCGCCCCUCUUCGACAGACUUCGCGUAGACGACCCCGUCGGCGCCUCCGCUGUGCACGGCGCUUGUGGACUUUGGGGAGUGAUCGCAGUAGGCCUGUUUGCUGAUAACCCUGUACCGAUGGACACCACUAAUGGGCGAUCUGGUCUUUUCAAAGGCGGUGGCUGGUACCUCCUGGGCGUGCAGAGUCUGACGGCAGUAUGUCUGAUGUCGUGGGGAGUGGUCGUGACUAUGUCGCUCCUGUGGGCCAUAGACAAGGUGUUGCCAAUCAGGAUGGACCCUUACGAGGAGCUGCUGGGGGCUGAUCUGUGUGAACACCGGAUUAGGCAUGGCCAGGUGGGGGUAUCGCGAGCGGUGUCUGCACUAAGGCCGUACCAUCGCUCCAACAGCAUAGAGGAGGUCGGAGGUAUCGGCGUCAAUACGGGACAUAGUCAUGUCAUAGAUAAAAUUUAUGAGGCUCACAAGAAGAAACAAGAAAACAAAUCCAAUUUACCAAUGAAUAUGUUUAAAAACAAAGCAUUUGAAGAGAAAGAAGUGGACUCGUCAAGUUUUAGAAACAAUGGAUUUUUGAACAAACGCCCUGGCAACCCAGAGAACGAACUUCACGCGACCAUAGACUCGAUUUCACAAGAAAUGAACAAAAAUGGCGGGAACAAAACGUCAAAAAUUAAAGUUAUACCAGAUAUUAAAGGGAAAAAGUUGAAAGAACUAUCUGUUACUGAAUUAGAAGAGGUUAAUGAUAUUAUUGCUCACGAAGACAGGUUCAGGCAUAGAUUUAAUGAAAGUGAUUACGAAAAUGAUAUAGCUCGGAGCGGGGUAAGAUGGAUUGACUAGUCGAUAGCGUUGUACCGGUGUUGAUUCCAGUAAAAACAUCCAAUAUUAUUUUAAAUUAUACCUGUCAUUUUCUUAUCCGCCGCAAAGGAAAGGGACGGGGAAGCGACAGGCAUAAAAAUAUGGAAUACACUUUUAUGGAAUAGCCAUCUCACUGAAAU